AGCAAAGUGUGUCUAUAUUAGGGUAGCUGCAAACUCGUCAGGUUGAUGUGUAGUGUGUGGCGACAUUGGGAAAGCUAGGGGUAGAGUGAGCGCCGACGUUGUUGUUGUCCACUAGGGCGCAGGAGGAAGGGGACCCGGGACGCCUACGGUACAAUGUCGGGCUAUCGGCGCGUCAACUACUACGAGCUCUGCCGGCUCUGCACGAGCAGCGAGGGCGACAAACUCGACAUCUUCCUCGAGGAGGGCCGCAGGCGCCAACUUCAGAACAAAAUACAAACCUACCUGCCCAUACAGGUAGCAGAGGAAGACUCAUUACCAAAAAUAGUUUGUCUCGAGUGUGUAAGGAAGUUGGAAAGCUUUAUUGAGUUCAGGGAAUCAGUGAGAGCUGCAGAAGGUAUGCUGGAGUCGUAUUUCACUUCCAUCAGAUUUUCCGAAGAUUUCUUGAAAGAGGGAAAGGUCUAUGUAAAAAGUACUGUCAAAGAAGAAAAGCCAGUAAUUAUAGAAGAAACUCAGGUUGACGAUGAUCCCUUGGCUAAUGUUGUUGAAAAAAUAGUAGUUCCACCAACAACGACAAGCGCCCAAAUUAUAACAGAUCAAACUCAGCAAUCACAGCCUCAGCCAGUACUUGUGAGCAGCAUCAAUGCUGCAAAUCUACAAAUCAUAAGCGGGGUCCAAUCGAGAGUUCAGCAAUACAAAUGUGCAAUGCAGAUGCAGUCUGGUAAUGUAGCAGCAGCUGUUGUUGAGGCGACAGCUGAAACUCAUUACAGUUAUCAGCAGCAGACAUCUCAACAAAUACCCACCCAACAGAAUCAAACGCAAAAUCAAAUAGUGGAGCAGCAGCAGCAGCAGCAGCCACAAUCCCAGUCGACGCAAAUUCAAGUGCAAAAUCAAAUGCAGAGCCAAAAUCAAAUAGCACAGCAGCAGGUACAAACAGUACAAACGCUGAGGCAGCUGUCCCAGCAGCCAUCAUCUCAAGCUAGUCAAGUAAGCCAGCAGCAACAGCAAGUUCAAGUGAAUCAAGAGCAACAGAGCCAGUCUCAAAUAACUCAACAGCUGCAGCAGUUACAACGACAACAACGCGAGCAAUUUGAAAAACAGAGGCACUUGCACCACAUAGAGAAACAGCAGCAACAACAGCAGCAGCAACAGCAGCAGCAGCAGCAGCAACAACAACAAACUCAGCACAUUCACAUUACAACUGCCCCAGAACCACAGCCGCAAGUCGAGGUGCACCGCAACAUUAUCCUCAAAACUGAGGAUGUUCAUGAGCAAAAUAUGCAAGUAGAGAUGCAAAAAAAUGAAGCAGUUGUGGUAAGCCAACACAAUCAGCCGACAUUUACCACGGUUCAGGCAUCGCCCGAAGUCUUUUUGAGCCUUGGCUUUAAAGACGCGCUAGCGACACAAGUAGCCACGCAAAUCGUGACGCGUGAUGAUGCAAAAGACCUCAAAGACUUUGUUAAAACAACGGAGGACGCAAUGUCACGUUCCUCCAUCAACCAUAUUUCCGAGUUCCUGAGAAUUCGCACUACACCAGAACAGCAAACCUCAUUACUUACAGUCAACCCUCAAGCGAUAUCACAGGCUACCCACCGACAGUACGUCUGCUGCGACUGUGGCAAAACCUUUCCAACGAUCAGUCAAAUGAACGACCACGACUGCACAACGUCAUUACUUACAGAGCAAGUACGAGAGAUGACUGAUGUCAAGGAAGAGGAACCAACGACGCAAAUGGUGAACGGUGCUGCUGACGUCCACAUGGCCGAUGCAGGAAACACUUCGAGUAGUACAAACAACGGCAACGUGGGCAACAACUCCAGCGUGGGUCCGUUUAGCUGUGACAUUUGCAACAAGCCAUUUAAACGAAAAGAGCAUCUUUUCCAGCAUCGCAAGCUACACACUGGCGAGCGACCCUAUGUUUGCACCUCGUGCGCCAAAGCUUUUAGUCGCAAAGAACACCUCGUACGACAUUUGGUCUCUCAUACCGGACAAAAGAUGCACGAGUGCGAAACCUGCGGCAAAACUUUCUCGCGCAAGGAUAAUUUGCACAAGCACCGCAAGACUCACGGAAUGGCAGGGCCGUACAUCUGCGAUCACUGUGGCAAAUCCUUUGUCGUCAAGCAUUACUAUCUCAUGCAUCUGACCACUCAUGCACCUGUUGCUACGGACGGUCUCAAUUGCGCUCAAGACGCGUUACCCUACAAGUGUGACAUUUGCCACAAGGCUUUCUCCGUCAAGCAGUACCUAACUACGCACAAGCUUAGGCACCGGUCCAAAGGUAGCAGUAGCGCCAGUAGCAGCAGCAGCAGCAACAACAACAAUAAUAAUACUGGCACCACCAACGCGCAAAGUAACAACACAGGCCAACAGCAGCAGGUGCAACAGCAGGUGAGCUCGACGAGCGAGCUGACGGUCACGCGGGAUAUCACCAGUGUGAGUAUGAGCAACGGUACGACAACACAUCCAACGAAUGGAUCUGUCAUUGAGAUCCAGGGUGUCGUUGAACGAGCUGAACCUCAGCAGCAAUCUGAUACUUUUGUCGGUAAUCACUAUCAGGGCAACGUGGCGCAGUUUCAAUGAGAUAAGGGGAAGCGUGUCUACUACGUUCUCUUGCCAAAUGGAAACAACCAUAAGAUCGUUGUUGUUUAAAUGGCUUGAAAAACGCGGACACGCUUCCGAAACUGACAAAUUUUGACUCUAUAUCACAAGUAACAUUUUUUUAAUGGUGUUUUUCUCUCUAUUCAUUCCCCCGAUAUUUGUAAAUUUUUUUUUUUUUUUACAUUGCCUAAAUGUUUAAGAAAUUUUGGCGAGCAAUUAUAACGUGUAAGUCGUAAUACAUUUAAGAGUCUUUUAUGGCCGGUAAAGAUAAGCAAGGAAUAUAAAAAUUGUAUAAGCGAUGAUAUAGAUUGCUAUGAUAGGGUAUCGAUUUAUAUGUUUUAUAACUAAUUUUAGCUAGAGGUGAGUAGCUAUAGAUCAGCCAUAUUAGUUAUGAAUCUUAAUCUAAUAAUCUCGAAUGAAAUUCUCCGGCCUCAAAAAAAAAGAUAAUAAUAAUUUUCUCCAAAAUAGUGAGAAUAUGUGCAAAUAUCGAGUAAUCGAUGAUUUUCUUAACAAUUAUAAUUUUACUUUAAAUCGAAAAUAGUUUUGAAAUUGCCAUACCUAAAUUUUCAAUUUUUUAGAUUAUUUUAGCAGAGAAAAAUAUCGAUAUUUCAUAGAAAAAAUUAUAUACUAUUUAGCAUAAGAAAUGAGAGAAACAUUUAUUAAAUUGUCGAUUUUUAGUGUCUUAAGGGAAUUCUAUGCAUAGGUAUGAAAGAGUACGUAUAUAUAUAUUAUGUAUAUUUUAAAAAAUCUGUAUCAUAAAUGCGUGUUACAAAAACCGAGAUUAGAAUUUACAAAUUUCCUACAGCAGUUAUAAGGAAAUAAUUUACUAAAACUGAUGACAAGCAUUGCUUUUUCUAUCUGUAGUAAAAUCGAUGCAAAAUUUGUUUAUACUAAGCCACAAAUAAUGUACAUCAUAAAAGUACAUUUUUACAGGAUAAAUAUAGAAAAAAAGUUUAAUAAAAAAGUAAAAUUUAUUUUAAUAACAAAACUUUAAAGCAAAAAGUAAAAUAAAAAAUGUACAUUUCGUUUGAAUCCAACUUGGUAUAAACAAUUCUGCAUCGUCAUCUAACGAAGCUGGUGCCAUGUCAUUUUGUAAUAUACUUUUCCACUAAGCUGAGAUGUAACAAAACGUCAACAAUUACGUUUACGUUUUCUUUUCUCUAUCAAUAGCCAAAAGUCAUUUGGAUACGUUUUUUUGACAUUCGAUUAGAAUCAAUCGUCUUUUUAUAUCAGUAAUUCGUUAAAAAGUUUUAGCAAACAGUUUGCAAAAUCAUUUUUUCAACAAAAUGAACAAAUAAAUAAAAAUCCACUUUCAUUCAGCAAAGUAUUACUUUGCACCUGGAUACAUAAUGACCAAGUAAAUUUUGGGCUUGUAAGCGGGUCUCUCCCACGCGUAUUUGUGCAAAUUUACGUGCACGCGUCUGGUGCACGUAUAGUUACACUAAUUAGUAUAUAAUAAUUAAUUUACGAUAAGUAUAAGUAUGACUUCAUUUCAUCUGCGAUAUCAAAAUGAGAGAAAAAUUAAUAGAUAAAAUAUAAAUGUACGGGGUGUAAGCGAGCUCAGUGGUGAUGAAUCAUAAUAAUUUAUGUCGAAAUUUAAAGACAGAACAAAUGCACGUUUAGGCCGAUAUUUCAAAAAGAUACAAAAAAAUGUCGGGAUUUGUAUUGUACUUGGUUUAUGUAUUUAAAAAAAAAUAAUUUAAUUUUUAUAGCUUUACAAUUUUUUCACGCAGUUCACAUAACUUAAAAUUUUUUAAUGUACAGAUAAAGCCGCGUAAUUUUGUAAUUAAUGUCAUAAAAGAUAAUGACAUUUUCAUGCAAACGAAAACAAUUGCGAACAUUGAAGUAUUCAAUUUUUCAAUUGCAUUCCAGGAUAAGAAUGCAAGAAAAAACGGUAACAUGUUCCCUGCAUUAUGGAAAAAUUAGGUGGAGCAAAAUGAUGUUUUUGUUUGAGCAAUAAUUCGUAGUUAUUGUAUUCGCGCAUUAUGUAUUAAUUUUUACAUUAGACAUGACUGUUAGCAGAUUAACUUUGAUUAUUAAACGGCUGUGGAAUGAAAAAAAAAAAUAACAAAAAUAACUUGUGGAAUUAAUUCUGACAAAAAAUGUAACUACAGCUACAAAAUUCUACUUUCGACUUUGAACUAUACAACCGCCGUUUGAAAAUCAAUUUUCUUCAAAAUUUAAAGUAAAGAAUAGCAUUAAAUUUACAUAUUUGUGUAAAUUAUUAUAAGACCAAAGAUUAAAACGUAAUGUGUAAUAUAUUACUAUAGUCAUUAAACAGUAAAAUGGAUAUAAUUAUA